AAACAAAGAAAUCAAGUGCUCCUCCUCCACAAGUGAAAACCAAAACCAAUCAAGUUAGCUGUGAUUCAGGUGGCAAACCCAACCAAUCAGGCCCCCGAAGACGGCUCACCCGUUGACAGGCGUUGACAGGCGACAGGAUGCCGGGCGUAGUCUUUCUAAUCGUUGUGCCGACGGCAAAUUUCGAACGUGAGCUGAUUUACGGCACUUCAAAUAAAGCUAACACCGAGACUUCUGCCGGGACUAUUGGUAGCCAUGGAAACCAACCUGUGGUCGGCGCGGGCGGACCAGGAGGGGCUGGUGGCGGUGGCGGUGGCGGGGGAGGUGGCAACAAUAAUCUGAACAUCAAUCUUCCGGAGAAUAACAACACAAUACUACGACUCGAAGUUGAAUUACGUGACAAGAAUGUGCCCAAGUAUCGACGCGGUGUGGUCGGUGGGCGUGGUGGUGGAGGUGGCCGUGGAGGUGGUCCAGGAGCUGGACGUGUCGGUGUUGCCGGUCGACCAGAAGCAGAGGGGCCUAAGCGUACUGCAGGAGCCCUAGGAGGUGACACAACUGCGACAACUGCGUCGCUGGACAGACGUAAUUUAGUGGUGCCGCUUGAAAAGGUACUUGAGGAGUUACUUGUCAAGCUUGAAAUUGAGCACGUUACUUGGACAACAAGCAAAAAAGGUUAUUUUCAUCACGUCGUUUUUCCGCUGCAAGCCGGCGACGCCUGCGAGACUACUCUGCACUGUCUCACGGAACUGGGCAUUGGCACUAAAUUGAAUUCCAGUGUCAGCGUUCUGCCGUGCAGCGUUAGUUAUGAUGCCAUCACAGAUGCGUCCAACAUGCGGGAUGACUACAGCGACGAUGCCGAGGACGUCUCGAAGUGGAACACUUUUGUGGAAUCAAUUAAAUCGAAAUUAACCGUAAAACAGGUGGUGGACGGCGUACGGGCCGGGGGCUCCCUGUCCUUUGACUAUCUGCUGCUAAUUGUUACCGCCGACUCUCUGGCCGCCCUCGGACUGGUCGAGAAUAAUGCACCAAAUAUUGUUGCGGCCAUGUUGGUCUCGCCGCUUAUGGGGCCCGUAAUGUCGAUAACAUUCGGUGCAAUUAUCUCCGACAAAGAGCUAAUGCGCGUUGGCUUCCUCUCCCUCGGACUGGGCAUGUUCAUCUCCCUGCUUUUCGGCUUCGUUUUUGGUCUUAUUCUGGGCACCACCGAAAUGCCUUGGGGUCAAAAUUCCGAUUGGCCCACGGAGGAAAUGCGCGGCAGGGGCAAUGUGCGCGCCUUGUGGAUGGGCGUUCUGUGGGCGUUAACAUCUGGCACCGGAGUGGCCGUGGCCCUGCUGCAGGGCUCUGCGGGCCCAUUGAUCGGUGUUGCCAUUUCGGCCUCGCUGCUGCCCCCGGUUGUCAAUUGCGGUCUGUUUUGGUCGCUGGCCUGCAUUUGGCUUAUAUAUCCGGAGAAGCACAUGAGUAUUCCGCACUUGAAGAACGAGCCAAUGAACUCGACCAGCGCGUAUCCCUUCCUCUACACCAGCUACUUGCCCACUGAAUUCCUGAUCAAUGGCAUUGUGUCCGCUUGCCUGACUAUUGUGAAUGUGAUUUGCAUAUUUAUCACCGCCAUAAUAGUACUGAAGAUUAAAGAAGUAUCCGCACCGUAUACUGCUAGUCCGGACUUAAAGCGAUUCUGGGAGACCGAUCUUCGCACUGUGCGCAAGACGAAUCGCUCCACAAUGCGGCACACCUUCUCCCGUGCUCGUGGCAGUGUGGCAGGAGCCGCUAGGGGGAUGGACAAGCUAUUUGGGACCGGCCACUAUCAAGGACUGGAAGAACGCGAUGUCCAAAUGGAUAAUGCCCUGGAGCGUGCCUUAGCCCAGGCCGAAAACGAUGCCACAUUCAAGAAGGUCAAGCGGAUGAGUUAUUCCAGCAAUGCGGCUGGUGAGCUCACGGAACGUCUGGCAAAGAUAGCCGGCCUCAACAGAGUCAAAGCAGAUGGGGAUCCCGUGCAAACAAAUUCGAGCAGCCUGGCUGGAAGCCGGAUGAACUCGAUCCCCAACUCCCAACUAAACGUCGAUCUAAAGGUGCUGGACAAGCUCGUGAGCAGUCUGCUGGAGCAGCAUUCUUCUGGCAGUAAGUCCGCGGAGUCUGGCACCCGUACUCCGCCCCUUCAGCGGCUGGCCUCCAAGAAGUUGAAUCGCUGGCGUCCCUUGUCCCGAUCGGCCCACAACUAUACACGUGGCGAAGGCAGCGAUAACAUUGGAGGGAGCUUCACGCAGCUGCUGGAGCGCACCGAGGCGCAGACAGCCUUGGCCCAGCACGCACCCAACAUGCCGACCAUCAUGGAGAGCAGCGCCGGAAGCCCCACUCCGAACAAUGCGCAGCAGCAGGCCUCCCACCACCCAUGGACCUCCUCGCUGGACGGCACACCGGGAGCAGUGCGUAACGUUCUCCACAACAUCGGCCAGGCUGCCUCUGCGGCCACUAGGCGCGAGGGCGACGAUCAACUAAAUUUGACGAGCAAUUAUGUGGAAUAG